GUUCGCAGUGUGUGUGUGUGUGAAAGUGCAGUGAAAUUAUGUUAUUAUCUAAUGUUUUUAGUGAUAAUUUUAGUGUUUAGGUGAAAAUAGUGUGCAUUAAUGCAGCGGUUUUUCUAUCAUGGCAUUGGAUUUACGCCUGCAUUCUCCGGCAGGCGCGGAACCUAUUGUUUAUACAUGGCCCCUCACUUCAGGUCAUGGUUCGGAAAAACACGAUGGGGCCUUGGAGAUAGUAGAAACAAUAAAAUGGGUGUGCGACGAUCUGCCGGAGAUGAAGGCGGCGCUGGAGAACAACAUCCUGUGCGACUUCGACACCCACUCGUACGAGAGCAUGAGAGCUCUCUGCGACCGAUUCAACCGCGCCAUAGAUUCCGUUGUCGCUUUGGAAAAGGGAACUUCACUGCCAGCUCAACGUUUAAACAAGUACCCAUCAAGAGGCUUAUUGAGACAUAUUUUACAGCAGACAUACAAUCAAGCAGUCUCAGACCCAGAUAAAUUAAAUCAAUAUGAGCCAUUUUCACCUGAGGUAUAUGGUGAAACUUCAUACGAGUUAGUAUGCCAAAUGAUAGAUCAGAUCGAAAUCACUGCCGAAGAUGUGUUCGUGGACCUUGGCUCGGGUGUGGGGCAAGUGGUCCUGCAGAUGGCGGCGGCGACACCCUGCCGCAUCUGUUUUGGCGUGGAGAAAGCAGAAGUUCCUAGCAAAUAUGCUGAAAGCAUGGAUUUAAAUUUUAGAACUUUAAUGCGGUGGUACGGUAAAAAGUUCGGUGAAUACAAAUUAAUAAAAGGCGACUUUUUGAUGGAUGAACACAGAGAAAAAAUAAAUGCAGCGACGAUCGUCUUCGUAAACAACUUUGCGUUUGGCCCAAAUGUUGAUCAUCAGUUGAAAGAAAGAUUUGCUGAUUUGAAAGACGGAGCAAAAAUUGUAUCAUCGAAAAGCUUUUGUCCAUUAAACUUCAGAAUAACAGAUAGAAACUUGAGCGAUAUCGGCACUAUCAUGCACGUCAGUGAGAUGUCGCCUCUGAAGGGAUCAGUGUCAUGGACGGGGAAGCCAGUCUCUUACUAUUUACAUAUUAUAGAUAGGACUAAAUUGGAGAGAUACUUUCAAAGACUGAAAAAUCCGAAACUCAAGGUCAGCAAAAGGGGUGUUCAAGACGAGGGCGAGACGAGUGGCAAGAGGAACCUGAGCGCGCCGCCCACGCGCCAGCCCACGCCGGACCUGCUCAACGGGAACAGCAACCACAGCACCGGCUCGCUGCCGGAGCGCCGCCGCAAGGUCGCCAGGCAGCGGCCCGUCAGGGGAGAGAACGGUCGGACGCGAGCGCGCGCGGCCGUGGCCAAAAGACGCGUGGCGCGGCGCUCGACGGACGAAAGCGACGAGGAGUCCAGCGGCACCGACGACGCGCCCCCGGGGCCCGAGCCCGCGCCGCGCGAGUGGGGCGCGCCAUGGGCUUCCUCUUCAGAUUCAAAUCGGAGUCGGCGGUCGGCGAGCAAACGCAGCGCGAGCGCUGGGGGCGCGCGGCGCAGGGCCGCCGCCCGCGCCAAGCGCCGGCGCGCCGCGCCUGCCGCCAUCGCCGGCCUCGACUUGCUACACUCCACCACGCUCGCUUCCACUGCCCAUAAUGGCACCGUAACGGCGCCGCCGCCAGGUUGCGUAGAACAGCGGCUAUCAGCUUUGGGCGUGGCUUUACAACCGGCGGAGCGCUUGCACUCAGAGCUGGACAUCCCGCGCUCGCCGACCGCGCCCUACAGCCUGCAGUUACUAUUGGAUAUGUUCCGCGACCAGUACCUAGCGCUCGUCCGCCGCAUGGCCACGCCCGAGUAUGCCGAUGAGAUCCGCCACCAGAUCGACAAGGAGAAGGAAAGAAAUCAGAAAUUGAAGUCACGUGCGUCACAAUUAGAUAAACAGAUUAAUGUGCUUAUAAGUGACAGUGUCGCACUACUAAAAGCACGUAUGAGUGAAUUGGGUAUACACGCCAAUAAUACGGUGGAUUUACUCGCCAAAGCUAAGGAAAUCGUGGGCAGGCACAAAGAACUGCAAAGUAAAGCUAGCAAACUGCAAGCUCAGGUAAACAGUAUAGAAGCUGAACAAGCUAUUCUUGUUAAGCAGAGAACGUUUGAAAUAACAGAAAAAUAUAGACAGUUAGGUCACAUACCGCCCGAUGUAGAGAUCACUCAGAGCAUGGCCCAUGAUUGUAUAUUGAAGGAGAUAUCGGCUACUUUGGCUCAUAGAAAACGGUUACAUGCGCAGGUUGGACACCUGCAGAAUGAAAUAAUGCAAAUGGAGAGGGCUAGCGAGCAGCAGAAGGUGGUUCCGACCGCCGUGCCCGUGGCCACGGUCAAGCCGCACACGGUCAACUCCAAGCCCAGGAAGCUCCGCGAGCAGCGCUCGCGCUCGCAGGAGUGGCCCGACGUGCCCGCCGUCGUCAAGAUCGAGGAGCAGAACCCCGAGCUGCUCGCGCAGAAGAUCCUCGAAACCGGCCGCCAGCUCGAGGCCGGCAAGGGCGCCAAGCCCAACGUCAUCGUCAACGGCUACGCGCGCGAGCUCGACAGGCAUAUAGACCUUCACAGGCAACAGAAAGGGAGCAUGCAGCCGAAGGUGUCGCCGCUGCAGCGCGCGCCGGUGGCGGGCGUGGCGCGCGGGCCGCAGCCGCCGCCGCUGGCGCCGCGCCACUCGCCCGCCAAGCCGCAGAAGCCGCUCAACGUCGUCGCCAAGGUGCAGGAGUCGCCCAAGGUCAUCAACUUCGAGGACCGCCUCAAGAGCAUCAUCACCUCCGUGCUCAACGAGGACCAGGAGCAGCGCAAGGCGGCGCGACAGCCGACGCCGAACCACGCGUACGCCAACGGGUACGUGCGGCCGACGAGCGGCGGCGGGGCGCUCGCGGGACACGGGGCGGGCGCGUUCGGGGCGCGAGCGGGGCCGGCCGCCGCGGCGCCCGCGCAGCCGGGCCCGGGCUUCGCGCGCGCGGCGCGGGACUUCCGGCGCGAGCGCUACCCGUUCGAGCGCGCGCGCCUGCCCGCGCACUUGGACGCGCGCCCGCCCGACCUCCGACACAUAUCGCAACCCGACUACACGCAGGUCUCCCCGGCUAAACUGGCGCUGCGUCGGCAUCUAUCGCAGGAGCGGCUGGCGGCGCCCGGCGCGCGCACCAUCGGCGACCUCGUCAACGGCGAGAUCGAGCGCACGCUCGAGAUCUCCAACCAGAGCAUCAUCAACGCGACCGUCAACCUCAGCGCGCGCUACCACGAGCCGGCCUCCGCGCACCAGCCGCUGGAAGGCUUAGCUGCAUGUUUACAAGCGCGCGUGCUGGCAUCGGAAUACUGGCGCGGGCGCAACGGAGCGACGGCGGGCCCGGGCAGCGGGAGCGGCAGCGGCAGCGGGGGCGGGGGCGGCGCCGGCGCGGGCGACGACGAGGCCGCGCGGCGCCGCUCGCCGCCGCUCGACCCGCACUCCAACACGUCCACGCCGCUCGUCGACGAGCUGCCCGACAGCGCGCGACCUGCAGAUGGCGAAGGAACCGAAGAGGUCGACGAAAGCAAAUGGCAGGACCGGAUAGCGUUUCGCUUCGACCAGAUAAUUUCGUUCGCUUCCACCGCGAUGGAGGAUAAACGGCGGCGGUCGGACGAGGCGUGCAAUACGUCUCCGGAUUCGGGGAUCGGACACGGCGAAGCGGCUCGCGGGGUGGCGCGGGCGGCGGAGGCGGCGGGCGGGGCGGGCGCGGCGGCGGCGGCGGGCGCGCCGGGCGGCUCGGACGCGCGCUCGCCGUCGCCGCUGCCGGCGCACCACUUCAAGAAGCGCUUCUUCCGCCGCGAGCAGUGGGGCGCGUGGAGCGGCGCGCCCCCGCCGGCGGCAGUGGACUGGGAGCGGCCGGCGAUGUGACGCCCGAGCAUCUAGCGCUGCGACGUCUGCCGCUUCGCGCACUGACGACGCAGCCGCGCGGUCGCGACCCGCUCGGUGGGCCGCGGUCCGCGCCGUGACCCCCGGUGCCAAAGUGGCUCCCGCGCGGCCGAACGCCCGUGCGCCGAAACGCGACAUAGGUUUGUGGACCGAGCGACGUCUGGCCGCCCCGGCGUUCCGAGGAACCCGUUUCUAUGCAGACCUCGGGCUCCUCGGUUGCGCCCGUGCCGCCGGAGCCACGCGCGCCUUAGCGUAAUUAUCGGAACACUGCCGACGCGAGAGAAUGUUUGAUGUAAAUAAGAGUCCCGAUCGCCCGCCGCCGGCCGCCUGACGGCCGUGAGUGCGCUCGACCCCUUCUCGGAUGUUGACUGUGUCGUUUUUUGUUAUAUUUUCGAAUAUAUAAUGUAAUUAUGUAUAUUAUUGAGUUUAUUUUACGUUUAAGAUUUGUAAUUAUUUAACACUAGGUUUAUGUCGCCGCUCCGUCUGGGCGCAGUGAAGAACUGUAGCGCCGCGACGGUUUGUAUUUCAUGUGUUCAUUUAGGUCUUAGAGUUUGAAAUACAUGAUUCGGUGACGAUACAGCGGAUCGUUCUUACGCCGGUCGUUUGAUGAAUGUUUGUUGUUUUAUGUGUUUCGUUCUCGAUGUUGCGGAAAGCUCACUCUCUGAAUAAUGUUCAUCAUUUCUUUGGGAAAACCUUACAUUUUAUAGCUUUUACUGCUAACGAAUGAAUAGAUUACGUAUAUAUUGUUACACAAUACAUUGUAUUAUACCAAACUAUGACAUUUUUAUAUUAAUAGGUCUGAAAAGGCUAGUGCUACCAUAUACAUUUUACUGUGUAAAAGAAUAAUAUGCAUGUUGGAUCCGUUUCCAAGACUUUCUACUAUUUCUGGAACUAAAAAGACUGCAAAUCUUAAGAACCCAUCAACAAUCAAGAAAGAAUUAAGUAUACAUUAUGUAUUAUUAUGUACAUCAUAUUAUGUACUUCCAAAUGCUGAUAACUCAUAAAAGAUUGAGUUAUAAAUGGUGAGAGUCUGUGAAUCGAUCCUGUCGAUUUUUAAUGAAGUAAUUAUACGAUACAUUUAAAAUAGUUUUAUUAAAAAGUCUGUAAUAAACACUCGAAAACAAUUAUUGUCCACUCUUUAAUCAAUUAUUAAGAAAAUAAUUGUUAUUAUGCCUACCUUAUUCAUAUGAAUAGAGUUUAAAUAGGGCGGCACUUAUUCCGCUACCACCAGGUAAAGGAAAAGAUAACUGCUUCAUUAAAAAUCAAGUGGUACAUACCUUGUACACAUACUUGUAUGUAUGUACCACGUAUCCCAGAAUAAGAAAGGGUCCAAAGUUCAGUGGCUCAAAAACUUGGUUAAAAUUCCUUUCAUGAAAAAGUUACCCGAGUUUUUGCGGAAUUAAUUUUGCAUGCAGAUUUUAUCUAUUUAUAAUAGUACUACGGUACUUCUUUCAUGAAAAGUACUAUGAUUUUCAUCAGAUAAACGCGGCAUUAUUAUGUUAUGAUUGGUACAGCUACAAAAGUUAGCCAAUAUAAGCACGCUAUUUUAAACCUAAUUGACUGGUAUAAAGAAAAAUAUUUUAUGCUACAGAACAUUGCAAAAUAAUUAAUUGCAGACUAGUCAUUAUGCACUUUACUAGUUGUGUCAUUAAGGCUUGGGCAGACCAAACGCGGGGCAGUAGCAGCGCAGUUUGAAUACGGGCCUGUGCAAGUUGUAAUACAAAAAACUCUUUUAAGUGUGUAACACCAAAUUUGAACGCGGGCGCGCGCUCCAACCGCGCCGUUACUGCAACUGCCGAACGACAAACGAGGCGGCGCGGGUGCGGGACAGAAGCGGUGCGAACGCGGGCCCGCGCUGUUGUAUUACUAUGGCGGCCAUAAUAAUAUUAGCAUGACACACCGGACGCAGGGCGGUAUCAGCGCGUUAAAAGCGGUUUUCGAAUAUUUAAAUUUUUGACAACCGCCCGCGUUGCAACUGCUUUUAAACUGCGCUGCUUUCAGUGCCUAAGCCGCGCUGCAACUGACCCGCACUGCUUCUGACUCGCGUGUGGUCUGUGGAAGCCUUUAGCGUGUUAAAUUUGGCACCUGAAAUAUCCCGUUUGAUCAGUGCAAAUAAGAUCAUUUUAUAGUCAUUGAAACAUGACUCAUUUUGACAUCCAAAAGAAAGAAGUUUUUGAGGUAAUAACAAAAGUAAAAUUCGUCACUGGCCGUAUUUUUUUUUACGCAGAAUGCUAUCCAGUCGCUAAUUGGACUCGCCCCAUCAGUAGUUCGCAUAUAUUACAAAAAUAUUGUAACUUGUUCUUCUCUUGGGUUGUAAAAUGCCUAUCGCGCUACACUUUUCAUCGAUCUAUUUAAUUUAGUGAAAAUGUAUAGUGUCAACACGCACUUUGGGGGAAGAUUUAUUUAAUAAAAGCAAUAUUUUUAUUUGAAUAUUGGCCACUUUUGUGGUCAAUAAGGUUGAUUAAAUAAAUAAUUAUGACGAAACUAUUAGCAUGAGAAGUAUAAUUCUUGUUUUGCUCUAAUACCAAACGAUAGUACAUUUUGAUGGUAUUAUGGCUAAUGUAUCUAUUUUUUACAGACUUCAAAAAGAAGUAUUUAUUUUUAUUUUGUUGAUUUUUUUUAAUUAAUGUAACGAGUAGAAUAAGGUGAAGGAUAAGCUAAAUAUAAGCGUAACACAACGGUGCAAAUAAGCGGUUAGAUGUUAAUUGUCUUAAUAUUCAAGAUUUUUGUUAUUGAAACUGGCGUCUUCCCAUAACUAGACUCACGUGAUUAAUUUUAUUACAAUGAGACGAACAGGACUUUGUAACUACGUUAUCUGUGACAAAACCUGGGAUUUUAUUAGUAGUAAUUAAUGAGCAUAGGUUUAGCAGAAAUCAUUUUGAAAAAUGAUAGUUUCGAAUUGGCUUGAGGUAAAUUUGUUCAAGGAUAAUUGAUAGCUUUAGGGUCCGGUCAUUAUAGUCACACAAAAUAUUCCUAUUAAUUUGGUUUAGUUAUUUAUGGAUUUUCAUAUUCCAUGCUACAAUUGUAAAAAUCUGAUUUGGUAUUGCAUCAGUGAAAUUAAUAUUCCUGAUUUUUAACGUGUAAUAAAUUGUUUAUUUAUUAGUUUUCAAAUUAUAUUAUAUAAAUUGGCAUUUUAAUACAUAUGUUAUAGAUUAUAUCGUGGCUUUCACUAACAGCACUUUUAGUUGGUGGAACACGAGGUCGUUUCUGAAUUUAUUAACUUGUAAAAGCUUGGUUGUGAUUCAAUUGUAGUAUAAAGCAGUACCAACAUCUCAUUACUUACCACCAGUUGCAAAAUAUUGAUUAUAAUUGGCUCAUAAUUAAUUAGCAUGUCAACUAAGUAAGAAGGACCAAGUUUAAACCGCUAGAUAUUUUAAAGGUCUUCGUCGUCGCAAUAAAACAUAUUAAAAUAGCUUAGUUGCUAUUUUUAUAGGUUAAUCAUUAAUUGUCACACGCACAUUGGUAGUCAUAAAUAAUACUUUUCGCUCACGAAGAUUAUCCGCCUUCUAGGUUUAAGACCGAAGUUUAAGAGAAUCUGAGUUUUCUUAGACGUGUAGUUAUAAAAAUUGUGGUACUUACUUA